ACGACAUCAUCGGCGUGGGACGCCCCUAAGCUGUCGAAAGUUUCGAGCCGCGACAUUUGAGUUAAGACAACACGUCGCCCUUUCCACGCUUCCUCCGUACCGUCGUCGCUCCUUUGAUUUCCUUGACCUCGUUUCUACGAUUUUCAUAGCGGUGGAAUCUUGACACAAUGGCGUUCCGUUGGUAUCAGGCAAAGCUCAAGACGGCGCCGCUGGCGACGCAGGCUAUUACCACUGCGAUCCUCUUCGGCACCGGCGACUGCAUGGCGCAACAACUCGUCGAGAAGCGCGGCCUCGAUAAGCACGAUCCCCUGCGCACGCUGCGCAUGGCAGGCUACGGCGGCAUCAUCUUCGGUCCCGCUGCGACAACGUGGUACGGCAUUCUGACCAAGCACGUCAACCUGUCGUCGAAGAACGGUACUAUUGCUGCGAGAGUAGCGUGCGACCAGUUUAUUUUUGCGCCGGUGAAUAUGGGCCUUUUUCUCUCCUCAAUGGCAUAUCUCGAAGGCUCCUCCGUUUCCGACCGCCUGUCACAGGCCUACGUCCCCGGGCUGACCAAGAACUUCAUGAUCUGGCCGUGGGUGCAGUUCGUCAACUUCAAAUACGUGCCCGCGGACCUGCGUGUGCUUGUCGUCAACGUCAUUUCCUUAGGGUGGAACUGCUACUUGUCGUACCUGAACAGCGGGGGUGGUAGCAAGGUCGAGAGCGUCACAGAGAAGGUUAAAGAGGCGACGCAGAAGGGUGGAAGUAGGGAGGGGGGCGAGCUGCCGCCGCAGUAAAUGGAGUGAUUGAAGCUCUGGGCGGUGCUGGAGCGGAGCAGAGCUGUGGAAAGGGGGGCUUUCAGCUGUGUGAGAUAGAUGGGUUGGAUGGUGAUAUGCCUAGCUAGACCUAUGUCUGGUCCAUGUACUACACAUAAUUUUCAUUUGCGACUGUUGAAAAUCUCAAUUACUACAAU